UGAAAUUUUAGAUCAGCAGACUGACAGAGAUCAUUCUGGAACAAGACACGAAUACAAAAUAUGAAUAUUUUCGUGUUGAUGCGCAAGAGGAUGCGUCACAACCCACUUUACUGCACCUGGCUGCUGUGCAGAAUUUUCUUCAUGUCACACGAUGUUUGGUCAACCAUUACUCCGGGCUUAUGUACAAACACACACGUGGAGACAAGGACAACGCUCUGCCUGUAGAGUUAGCCUUACGAAAACACAAGGAUGACACUGCCGCUUAUCUUAUAUCACAAAUGAAGUAUGGUUGGUAAGUGGUAAAGAGCAUGGGCGUACGGGACCAGUCUUAUUUGGGGGGGCACAGUAUAUUUUGCCUGAACAGGCAAACUUAACAUUUUACAGGUCACCAAAAAAUUUUGUCGGAACAUACCAGAAAAUUUUUUCGGGACCGACCAAAAAAAAUUUUCCGGACCGACCCAAAAACUUGCCAGUAAACAUAUACAAAAAUUUUGCCAGACAUAAAAAAAUUUUCCCUAACAUCACGUAAUUUUCGCAACUAUACAAAAAAUUUUCACUGCAUAUCAUAUUUUUCUGAAAUUUUAAUGUUUUGCCCGAAUUCGCAUUGAUUUUUGCCCGACCGCAGAAAUUUGGGGGGGCACGUGCCCCCCCCCGCCCCCCAUUGCGAUAGCUUUUAUAGCUUUUACGUUACAUGAAAUCAAACAGUGUGCAUUUUUUUUUUUGGGGGGGGACACUCGGUAUGUUGAUGUAGAGGUGGAGAUCGAGAUAAGGGCAAUUUACCAUCUCGCUGAAUGCAGGGUAUGACAAUUCGUACUCCAAUGAUUUUUAUUCGUCAUAGUGGAGUUGUGUACUCUUUCACUUGUAUUUACCGUUGAUAAUUGUUACCAGUAUGGCUCACAAACAUGAAAUCUUUUGUUUAUACUUCAAGGAUCCAAGAUCUGUUUCUCUGUGACAACAACGAACAACCGUCAAUAAAGUUUUAUUUUGGAGAUAUCAUAAGCUAUCGUAAUGCCAGGACAAAUGAGUAUGGCAUGAAGGUAGGGUAUUUUUUAGUUCCAGUUCAUAUGUUUAUGAAAAAUCAUAAAAAUAACAAGUAUUUUUGCUGAAAAUCUGCCAACCAUGGGUUAAACACAGUCUUUCAAGAUAUUUGCAUAACUUAACGUUUACACUGGCUUGAAGCCCCCAUUUUGAAGUGAUCUUAUAUAUAAGUUGUUUCUCGUUGUUAUUGAAAGUAGCAGUCUCCAAGAGCCCGUAAACGUAACCUCGUACAUCCAAAUUUACAGGGGGGUUUUUCCAGGAAUUUUUUGUAGCCGUUAUUCGUUAAACGGAUCCCCAAAACUCGAUUUUGAAUUAGCUUUUCUCACGGCUGAUUUUCUUGCCAUUUUGGGGUACUGCCUCUCCUACGUUUGAGAGUCUCCGCACCAUGAAAUACAACUUUUUAGUAUCGUAGUUGUUUUUAUGAUGAUAAAUUUACAGUUACAACUUUUAAAAGUCGCAUUUCACGAUCUUUGAAUUGUCUAGAAUCCUUCACGAGGACAGACAGUACCCCAAAAAUGGCCGCGGAUUCUGACGUUCGUGAGAAACGCUAAUGGACCAUUUGCAUUAUAGACUAAAUUUUGAUCUAGACAAAAAUUUCAUCACAGCUUGAAAGAGCAUCACAAAAUUAGUAAUAUUCCAAAGUUUCGUUGCGAAAUGUUGUAAAAUGCGGAUAAUAUAGCCUUGCGAAAUUUGCAAUUUUCAGUCAUUUUGUAUUACAAACAGGAAAUUGAUGCCCCAUCACCCGAUUGGGCUGUCAAUUUCCCGUUUGUAAUCUAAAAUGACUGAAAAUUGCAAAUUUCGCAAGGCUAUAUUAUCCGCAUUUUACAACAUUUCGCAACGAAACUUUGGAAUAUUACUAAUUUUGUGAUGCUCUUUCAAGCUGUGAUGAAAUGUUUGUCUAGAUCAAAAUUUAGUCUAUAAUGCAAAUGGUCCAUUGAGUUUAGACAGUUUAAUCAUGUCAUGGAAAGUUUAAGCGAAGUAAAAUUGAAGUCGUUGUGAGAUGUGGAAAUGUGAGAUGUGGAAAUAUUUUUUUCUGUGUGAACUCAGUGAAGUGAGAAAAACACAAACAGACAACAUGGGGUGGGGGAGUAACAGAUGCCCCCAGUCUCACUGUCAUAUAGAUGAACUCAAUCUUUUGUGCAAAAAUGCACGCAGCAAAAAAAACUCUGAAAAAUCCCUGCUUUAGUAGGCUAACUUUAUGAGAUCAGUGGAUUCUAUGUACUAUUUACAAGUUACAACAUGAGCGGCCGUGUUGUAUCCGAUACAACGCGGACGGGAAACGUCUGUUCAAACAAUGGCUUGUGAAACGUCUUGAUGAGAACAUUCGUAUUCUUCAACAAUUUAAAAUAAAUUAAUGAUAUUUGGUGAGAAAAUUGAACUUAAAGUUUAUGUAAAUCAGCAUGAUUCUGUAUCAGAUAUACGAACUCCUUCACGCUCAUGAUUCUUGUUUGUGUUUUCUUCAUGCAUUAUUAAUGGUAUCCCAAGUGUGAUUUUGAUUGCGACGCUGUUUUUUCCCAUUUUUUUACAGAAAACAGUUUUAGCAGUAUUAAACAAGUUGAUCAAUCCUCGUUGGCCUUACUUACCCGAUCGGCGCGAUGAAGAUGAAAGCAAUGAUGAUAUUCAGCGAGCCUUGGAAAGCGUUCCUGACGAUCCAAUGAGCUAUGAUUUCAAUUAUCAGAUCCUUGAAGCGGACGAGAAUGGCAGACAGCCCAAGAUUGAGGUGGCCACAGAGUUUGACAAAAAUGAUGAACCGACAAACUUUGAAGAGAUUGCCAAUCCAUAUUUCAAUCCGAAAUCUGUCUCGUGUCUCAGACGCAUUGCUGACAGUGAUAAUAAGGUGUGGGAAUUGAUUAAACUUAGAAAUUUCGAAUGUGCAUUUUAUACCAAUCCCCAAUUAACCAAAAUUUUGAACUCAACAAGACUAGACAAAUAUUUCAUCACAGCUUGAAAGAGCAUCACAAAAUUAGUAAUAUUCCAAAGUUUCGUUUUAAAAUGUUGUAAAAUGUGGAUAAUAUAGCCUUGCGAAAUUUGCAAUUUUCCGUUAUUUUAUAGAUUAGAAACGGGAAAUGGUUACCACUUCUGUGCGUAAUACAAAAUGACUGACAAUUACAAACUUCGCAAGGCUAUAUUAUCCGCAUUUUACAACAUUUCGCAACGAAACUUUGGAAUAUUACUAAUUUUGUGAUGCUCUUUCAAGCUGUGCUGAAAUUUUUGUUUAGGCUAGUUGAGAUCAAAAUUUUGGAAAAGUGGUAACCGUUUCCCGCUCGUAAUACAAAAUGACUGAAAAUUGCAAAUUUCGCAAGGCUAUAUUAUCCGCAUUUUACAACAUUUCGCAACGAAACUUUGGAAUAUUACUAAUUUUGUGAUGCUCUUUCAUGCUGUGAUGAAAUUUUGUCUAGACUUGUUGAGUUCAAAAUUUUGGUUAACUGGGGAUUGGUCCAUUGUAGGCCCUGUCAUUGAACCUGCGGCCCUGCGAUUCUGGUGCAGCGCUCUAAUACAUAUUUAUACUGGCUAGCUCAACCAAUUUUAUCUAAACUGUGAUCUCUAUUGUUUUAUAUUCAGGAAGCUAUACAACAUCCGGUUGUUCGAAUGUUGGUGGCGAUGAAAUGGAAUAACUUUGCCCACAAGUGGUUUUGGUAAGAAUAAUUACGUUCUAUACUUCAACACACAACUGCCACGCCACGUGAACGUGAAACAUGGCCGAAAGAGGCGAUGUUUACUUCGCUGUACCGAGGACUGGUUCAAAAUGCAAAGACUUGAAAUCUACACACGUAAAAAUCGCACAACUUGUGAACAAGAUGUGUUCGCGACAGGCUUGUAGCAAGCUUGUCAACAAGUUGUAACAACGCUGUUAUAGUUUAUCAAGUUGCUACAAGGUUGUCACUCACAACUUGUUGACAAAUUGUUGAAUUGCAUGACGAUAACAAGUUGUUGGAACAACUUGUAACAAGUCUGUUGAACUCAACAACCAGCUUGUAGCAAGUUGUCAACAAGCUGGGAACAAGCAGUGCGAACACAUCCUGUUGACAAGUUGUUGGAACAGCAUUGCUACAAGUCUGCUGCAGGUUUGUUACAACUUGUGCGUUUUUACGUGUGUAGUCCAGUCCGAAUUGGAGGAUUUUAAUUGACAUCUCAUACGAAUAAAUGACGGUGAAUUAAUUGGUGAAUUAAUUUUGAUCCAAUCCAAGGACUGAAUUGAUUUUGAUUCAGUCCUAGGACUGGAUCAAUAUACUUCACCAGGUAUCCAGUAUUAUCAUCAGUGGCGUACAGCCAGCCCAACGAUUUACUCCUACUUUGCAAAUUACAACUCAUCAUUAUUCAUUUCUUUAGAAAUUUAUUGUGUUGAUAGUUUAUAGACAUGGCAAUAUUUGCAUAGCGGGAGUGCGGGACUAGAUCGUCGGGCUGCCUACGCCACUGAUUAUCAUGUGAGCAAAAUAAAGCAAUAUGAUGCUUGUGAUGUUACUCUGAGUGUAUAUCCACACCGGGCAAGCUUGAAAAAUACCUGACCACGGUGGGAAUCGAACCUACGACCUUUGGAAUACUAGUGGUCAUGAUUAUUAUUAGAUAAAAUCAUGAUUAUUAUUAGAUAACAUUGAUAUCGACGUAACUAGAUUCUGUUCCGAAAUAUCACAUACUCGAACCGACCAGACCGCGUAGCUCAGUUGGCAGAGCAUUGGGCUAGUAUUCCAAAGGUCGUAGGUUCGAUUCCCACCGUGGUCAGGCAUAUUUUUCAAGCUUGCCCGGUGUGGAUAUACACUCAGAGUAACAUCACAAGCAUCAUAUUCACCUGAGUACAUUACAACAACACAGAAAAAAUCAUAAAGCAAUAUGGUUGGCUAAAUUACUUAUGAAUUAUUAAUGAUUGCUAUAUUCCAAUAUCUAAGUCCUAGUAUUCUCUAUAUUUUAGCGUCAAGGCUGCACUUUACGUGAUGUUUUUAGCAGUAUUGUCAUUCGCACUCAUCUACGGCUCUACUCGUGAAGAUCCAACACAGUACAAUGGCUCGGCUGAUAAAUUACGGGCAUUCUGUGAGAUUUGCAGUAUAGCUUUUCUGAUGGUUCAAUUGUUUGACGAGAUCGGUGAAUUAGCAAGGUUUGUCGAACAAUAACUCAUCAGGUUGGAGUAGACGCGCAAUUCAAGUGACGAUACAUAUACAGUUAUGUUUGUGGUGUUGCUGGAUGUUUCCAGCUAUCGACUAUUUUUUAUUCUAACAAGAAAGACGAAAUCUAUCAUUAUAGCUUAAAAGUAAAAGAGCAAUCUAAAAUUAGUAAAAUUACAAAGUUUAGUUGCGAAAUGUUGUAAAAUACGAAAAAUAUAGCCCUGUGAAAUUAGCAAAUUUUGAGUAUUUUUGUAUUACGCGCGGAAAAAUGCACCACUUUCGGCACACUCAAAAGGAUUAUCCAUGUACCCCAAUAUUCAGUUUCGACCAAGUGAAGUGCAGAAAAAUUAUGUUUGUCUAUAAAAUUCCUUACAGGGAAGGAGGAAUCUACUUCAAAGUUGGAUACAACCGCCUUGAUGUACUUGGUAUCACCCUCACAUUCCUUGUCCUGCCUCUGCGCUUUGCUGAAGUAAAAGCUCAAUGGAGUGUUGCUGCGAUCGGUUACAUACUCAAUUUUUUACGACUCUUCAAAUAUUCCAAUGUUUCAAGGUAAUUUUAGUGCUGAGAACAAAACUUAGUUUGUAGUUAUGUUAUACCUAUAGUUAUGUUAUACCUAUAGUUUGUAGUUAUAAGUGUUAUACUGUACCUAUAGUCACACUAUCAAAGUUUCUGUGAUCACAUUAGGAAUUUUGCAUAGGAAGAUUCUAGGUUUUGAAGGAUUUGCAAGAAAUGUUUGCAUGAAAAUUUACCUAAAACUUAAAAUUUACCUUCAAAACGUAAAAUUUACCUAAGGAAAAUACUCUUCUUUUUUUAGAACCACUUGUCUUUAUACGACGACGCUUGUGAAUAUAAUCAAAAGAGAUAUCACUCGUUUUAUGGUGUUUUUUUCUGUAAUAUUUAUUGGAUUUUGCGGAGCAUUGUUUAUGGCUUUGAAAGUAGACGACAUGCAAGAUUCUUUCAGGUUAAUAGAAUAUUUUUGUGCCUGACUGUUUUGAUUGUAUUGUGUUUCAUGUUGUUUGUUAUUAUUGUUAUUGUUAUUGUUAUUGUUGUGGUACGUUGUUGUUAUUUGUUGUUGUUGUUGUCUGUUGUUGUUAUCUGUUGUUGUCUGUUGUUGUUGUUGUCUGUUGUUGUUGUUGUUGUUGUCUGUUGUUGUUGUCUGUUGUUGUUGUCUGUUGUUGUUGUCUGUUGUUGUUGUCUGUUGUUGUUUGUUGUUUGUUGUUUGUUUGUUGUUUGUUGUUGUUUGUUGUUGUUUUUUGUUGUUGUUUGUUGUUGUUUGUUGUUGUUGAUUGUUUGUUGAUUGUUUGUUGUUUGUUGUUGUUUGUUGUUGUUUGUUGUUGUUGUUGUUGUUUGUUGUUGUUUGUUGUUUUUUGUUGUUGUUUGUUGUUGUUUGUUGUUGUUGAUUGUUUGUUGAUUGUUUGUUGUUUGUUGUUGUCUGUUGUUGUUGUCUGUUGUUUGUUGUUUGUUUGUUGUUUGUUGUUGUUUGUUGUUGUUUGUUGGUGUUUGUUGGUGUUUGUUGUUGUUUGUUGUUGUUUGUUGUUUGUUGUUGUUGUUUGUUGUUGCUGUUGCUGUUGUAAUAAACUUUUUUGGAACUAUUAUCUGAAAUAAACACAGUCCUCUUUCUUCUAUAUUUGACGUCCACUACCGCUACGAUUAAGGGACCAUCAACCAAUCAGAUGCGCUUGAUUUAUCUGAUUAACCAAUCAGCUGCGCUUGAUAUAGCUGAUUAACCAAUCAGAUGCGCUUGAUAUAGCUGAUUAACCAAUCAGAUGCGCUUGAUUUAUCUGAUUAACCAAUCAGAUGCGCUUGAUAUAGCUGAUUAACCAAUCAGAUGCGCUUGAUAUAGCUGAUUAACCAAUCAGAUGCGCUUGAUAUAGCUGAUUAACCAAUCAGAUGCGCUUUAUAUAGCUGAUUAACCAAUCAGAUGCGUACUACACGCGUAAAAAUCAUCAUGUUGAUGCAAGUUGUUCAAAACAGGAGUGAACAAUGUUGUGCUGCACCCCGUGAACAAUAUUGUUAACAAGUUGUUGAACCAUCAACAUUGUUGCAACUUGUUGACAAUCAUGUUAACAACUUGCAACAGUACUGAUGGUUGAACAACUUGUUAACAAUAUUGUUCACGGGGUGCAGCACAACAUUGUUCACUCCUGUUUGAACAACGCCGAACAACCUGAUCAAUUUUUACCCGUGUAAGCCAGGCAAUGGUAGCGGUAGUCAAAUCUAAACCUCUCUAAUAUCACAACUGAAACGUGUUUCUUCUAUGGUUAGCAACUUCGCUUGGUUGAUGUUGGCUGGGUUUAGAGCUCUUGUUGAACAACAACCUUUGGAAGACGACUACCAAAAGUUUGGGUAAGUAUAGCUUUAUUUAUACAGGAUAAGUCUAAGUUCUAUGCGCUGUUCCCCACUGAUCUAAUAGUGUCCUCCCUUUAGGUCUAGCAAGGGACAUCCCUUGUGGUUCACUGAGUUAAUUACUUCAGGAAAAAACUGCAGUACCUGGAGAAAACUAGACUUGCUCCGAGUCUCUCUUUCAUUGUCAUAUCGAUCCACUAUAGUGUACAUUACAUGACGUAGUACGGAGAAGCGGAGCGAGAAAGAGAGACUUGUCAACUUCGGAAAAUCUCUGUUCAAAACUGAACCGAAAAUGCAAGACUUACUUUAAUUGUUUUCUGUCAGUGUUUAUAUGUAUUCAUCUAGCACAGUGUAAAUAACAUGAGUUCCAUUAUAGUAAAUAAUACAGAAAGAAAUUGAAGGAAAACAAUUAAAGCAAGUCUUGCAUUUUCGGUUCAGUUUUGAACCGAGAUUUUCCGAAGUUGACAAGUCUCUCUUUCUCGCUUCGCCCCUCCGUGCUACGUCAUGUAAUGUACACUAUAGUGGAUCGAUACGACAAUGAAAGAGAGACUUGGAGCAAGUCUAGGAGAAACCCUGCAGCGUUUCGUAAGCAAUCUUCUCGUACGAGACUGAAGCAAAAUUAUAUAACUGAUUAGACAAUUAUUUUUUAUUGUCUGCAAGCAAACUUUUUUUAUUGUCUGCAAAAUCGAAGUGUAUUGUAAGUUUUGAGAGCUAAAUGUUAAAAUACCAGUAUUGUAAAAUGUGGCUGCUGCACAAAUUCAAAAAAUGCUCGCAUUUUUACUAAUGAUGCUGUAAAUCAUAAUAUUUGUGAUGCUGUAAAUCAUAAUCUUUAAAUCAUAAUCUUCCUGACAGCUCAACCACAUUACGGUUCCCAAAGCCACGUUCGAACAGUUUGGAAAAGAGUUUCAUGUAUGACGGGGCUUUCAUAUGGAACUCUUUGCCAGAAAAUAUUAGAGAAAGCAAAACGCUAUCAAUUUUCGAAAGAAAAAUCGCUACCCAUCGCUAUUAUAAAAGCAUGGUUGUAAAUAGUAAAUUAACGUAUAUUAUAGUAUAUUUUCUUUUUUACAUAUGCAUGUGUAUUUCUUACUACCUUUAUCUUCUUUUUGUAAAAUUACUUUUGUUCACACGGCCAUUGUAGAAACCAGCUUUAGCUGACAAUGUUAGCGUGGUUAGAUAAAGUUUAUCAUUAUCAUUAUCAUCAUCGUACGAAUGGUGCUGUAUAACAUUGCACCAACAAGCUCAAAUGAGCAUACAUGCACACCUAUACUUGGUAUAUACAUGUCGUAUCACAAAGUUGCAAAUUAAUAUUUUAUUUCCGUAUUUUACAGCUGGUUGACGAUACUUAUUAUACUCUCGUACAUGGGAAUUGUGAUCGUUGUUCUUCUGAACAUCCUCAUCGCACAGCUCAGCUACACAUACAGUGAAGCGAAGAAGAUUGCUAAAGUUCAAUAUACUGUUGAUACCAUGAGGAUUGUCACUCGUUUAGAGUACAGCAGGUUCGCGUUAUGGGUAGGUAUAUAGAGUCUUUAUCACAGAUAUGUUUCUCUGCGCAUACCACUCUUCAAAACUGCAGCUGGUCAACGGUCGUUUGUCUAUAGAGCUGUCUACAUUUGGAACAAUUUAGAUAAAAACCUGAAAGACAGCGCUUCCCUUAAAAUCUUCAAGACAGCACUUAAAAAACAUUUGCUUGCCAAGGAGAACGUUUAAUAACUUACUAAACUUUGUGCAUGGUUUGGUUAAAACAAAUUAAAAGAAAAUUGUAAAUAAUUUCUGAAAAACCCUUUCAGGGAGAAAUUUAUUAAAUAUCUACCAGAUAUCUAUGUCUUAGGCCCCACCAGAGACGGAUUUUCAUAUUUUCGUUCGGAGGGGGGGGUGGAUAAAUAUCUGGGGGGGGUGCUGCUGCUUGCUUUGGCCGGGGCCUGGUGGCAACGCCUGGAAAGGCCAAGGAAAAAGUUUAACAAAAGUUUUCUAGGCCUGCAUGGCGAGAUCUGAGACCAUAAUAUUCGGUAAUUUUACAAAUUUAGUAGUAAGAAUAAUCAAAUAUGAAACUAUCAAAUCAAAAUAUAUAUAAUUUGCGGGGGUGCAACAACUUUUGGGGGCGGUGCCAAAUGCCUCUGGGGGGGGGGGGGUGUCAUUCAUUUCUGGGGGUGCGUCCCCCCCCCAAAAAAAUCCGUGUCUGGGCCCCUCUCAAACGAUUACGGGAGUUGCAACUCCCGCGUGUGUUUGAUCGCCAAAACUUUGUUGAAUUGAUUGGAAUUCAAGAGUUACAGGCUAACUACAAAAAGGAGCUACCUUUCUAAGUCUAGAACAAGACGCCUGCUCAGGCGUUCACACUGGCCUGAAAAUAACGAGAUACGUGCUAUGGUGCAAAAGGCAGGAAUUCAAAUCUUAAACCGCAAGCAAAUUUUAUGGACUUUUUAAAAAAACCUUUUCGGGAGAGGUAAUGGAGAUCGAUGCACGUGCAAAUCAUGCCGACCUACAGAAUCGAUUUACGGUUUUUUCUAACAGCGCGUUGUUUUCAUGUGCGUUCCAUGGGCCGCGCAAAAAAUAUAAAUAUUCUGUAAAUACCGAAAUAAAAGAUGAGAAUCUCAAGACACAAGCUUGAAAAUAACACUAUAAAUAAUGUUUUCGAUUCUGGUUCCAAUAACAUUAUCACGAAACGGAUAUGUCCAAAGGGGCGGAAGUUAUGUUCGGCAAAAUGUAUGGCUAGUUUACAUUGUUUGUUGUAUUAUGAAAUAUGAUACCAUACUUGUAUUAAAAUUCGCGUCGAACUAUAAAUGUUAUUGUAAAUGAGUAGACUUGCCACAAGUUGACCUCGAACGAAAUGCGUUUCUUCGAGGUCGACUUGUGGCAAGUCUAGCAAAUGAGAACCAUACAAAUGAUACAAUAAUGGUUCUAGUUCUUGUUGGUAUUUUGAACGCACGCUUUAUCUUUCAGUAUACUGUAGCUACCACAAAUCUUUUCGUGCGGAUUAUAUUUCGUGGAGUACUAAAUAUUAUAUUUUGUGGUUUUCGAGUCAUUACACGAAGAAAAACACAUUAAUUCAACACGCAAGAAAGUCCAGAGUACGACACAACGUAAAAUACAUAGGAAACCGGCACAAUUCUUUGAAAAUUCAACGAAACUGUGUAAAAUAUAGUUUGAUCACUCUGUGAAAAGCCGCCAUUGCAGUUCGGAAUUGUGCGCGUGCGUACAAGUGUAUAGGCUAAUAAACGAACAAUGUACCACAAGCAUGGCAUGAGUCGGCUAGUACGUACAUAAAUACGUAAUUUGUUGCUAUUGUAUUUGAAUCAUGGAACGGAGGGAACCGAUGGCAUUUUGGCUUAAUCGUUGCACCUUGAGCCUGCGAUGCGCUAACGCAAACUCGAUUUCUCGACUACGAAAAAAACAGAAAAAGACACUUGGCCUACAGGCCAGUGUAAUUAAGUCCCGAUCUAGCAAGGAUGAGAGUUGAUAAGAUUUGAGAAGCGAGAGUUUGCAUGAGAGUUUUCUUGCAUGAGAGUUUUCUUGCAUGAGAGUUUUCUUGGACAGAGACUGUUUGCCAUCUUUAAGAAGCAGGCGUGAAUUAGCAACCAUCCGAGAGAUCAGAAGGAUUCAAGCGGAACCAACUCACCCUCGCCAUACCGUACUGCCUGAUCCUAGAGGAUACCCAAAUGAACUUAGACAAAAUAAUUCUUAUACAGUUCUAUCUAGAACCGCGAGACACAAACAAUGUUUCAUUGCAAGAUCUAGUAAAUACAUAUAAAUCUGAUUUUUGAACAUUCAACUUUGUCUUAUUAACUUUUUAACUCUUUUUUUAACUUAGUCUUUUUAAUCUUAGUCUUUUUAACUACAAUUAUUGAUCUUAUUCUAUUAUGACUAACUGUAAAUCCAUUGUAUUUUUGAUCCUAAAGAUGGACAAUAAAUGCAAUGACGUGGUGUUUUGUAUUUUUCUUAUAGAAUUUUAGGGUGAAGAAUUACGUCGAAGGUGAUUGGAUCAGUGACGAAGACCUGGCGACAGAGAUCUUAGAAUACACUGAAGAAAGACAUCCCUGGGAGACGGCGGAAGACAGGAUCACGGGUGUCAGGUAUCCUACAUUUUGAUGGUCUGGUUGUAUAGCGACGAAUUCAUCAGAUACACCCUUCCGUAAAGUACUCAGCCAUGGCUUUCGUGAUAGAGAUAUUUGGUUUAGAGUCCUUUAUCUUGUCACGGAUGGUCAUAUUUACGAAAUCAUACAGUUAUAUUAGUAACAUUUCAAAUCCGACUGUUGGGACUGGACUAGAUUUCAAGUCCGCGCUAGUGGAUCAAAAUGCGAGGACUUGAAAUCUAGUCCAGUCCGAAUUGGAAGAUUUAAAAUGACAUCUCAUACGAUAAACAACUAUAAUAUAAAGGGAAGUGAAUUAAUUUUGAUCCAGUCCAAGGAUUCCAUUAAUUUUAAUCCAGUCCUAUAAGACAGGAUCAAUAUACUUCACCAGGUAUCCAGUAUUAUUAUAUGGCUUUGCAGAAUCCUGGAUUCUGAUUGGUCGACGUGCGCUCCGUAAAAUGCGUAUCCGGACCGUGGUCCGUAUUUUCCCGUAUCCGGACCGGUUUCCCGUAUGUCAAUUUGACAGGCUCGAAUUUGAAACGUUUUUACACGUUUAUAAGGUCGUUAUGUGAAGAAAAAGUAUCCUUGGAUCAUUUUUAAGAAUAAGAAGUCUUGGAAAUAUUAAUAAGUACUUGUACCAACACAAAUUUCAUCGAAACAGCUAAGAAAACAAGCCGUUUGAACUCUUACUGGCAACCGUAAGUUUUGGCGGGAAAAUCUUUUUGAUUUGUUUGCUUGUUUAAAAAAAUAAAUAAAGAUGAAUUUAACGUCUUUAAUACCAUAUUCUAAACAAAUAUCAUAUAAACUGGGUUAUAGGCUUUUUUUCUGGGGGUGGGGGUUACCGAAAAAGUAGUUCUAAAGCUAUUGUUAAACAUGCUUUUCCGUAAACAAUAUUCGGUGACGAAACCAAAUCUAAACGAAGAAAACUAGCAAAUAAAACAUAGCUCAAAAAUACCUUUAUAGCGCUCAAACAAAUAUAUGAAAAUCAGAAAAUGUGUUUAAGGAGCCAUAUAAUAAACGGUUUAUUAACCUCGUUUUGCUCGAUCUGUACGGGAAAGUAUUUGCCUUCGAUUUAUCCGCACAGACCUCGCUCCUUCGUCGCUCGGUCUGUACGAAAACCUCAGGCAAAUACUUUCCCGUACAGAUCGAGCAAAACGAGGUUCGCUUUGAGAAAGAUAAUAGUACAAGGAAAAACUCUCAAAAAAAUUUGACAGGUUAGCAAAAUACAUUUAUUACAUAGAAAUUAUUUUAAAUACAAGUUUUUUAAAGAAUUAAUACCGAAACAACAGCGAAAAAAACAUGUUCAUUGUCAUUGAGAAUAUAAAUUGUUCAGAAAAGUUUGCAACGAAAGACAAAUGAAUUUGCAGUCAACAAGCACUUAUAUACUACCAAACAUCUGUAUAAUAUAUCUGAUCUUUUCUGUGAGAUAUACCGGUUCUAAAACCAUUUCUUUCACUUCGUCUGCGACGAGGUCUGCGAGUUGUAAAACAAAAGUAUUUCAAAAUUUUUCAAGGCCAAGCGGUUUUUGGCCGAACAAAUUGUCAAGUCACUCAAGACAUUGUAACAGACGAUAAUUAAUUAUUGCUUCAGUUAAUGGCUAUUAGACUAUAUUAUAAAACAAUUAUACCACAUACCUAUCAGCUCAUAUACGACUCGAGCUCAUGGUAUAAUUGUUAAUUAUCAUGUGAGCAAAUUAAAGCAAUAUGGUUGGUUAAUUUACUCAUGAAUUAUUAAUGAGACUGAGAUGACAAUAUGAGAUGACAAUAUAAAAUACCUUUACAUAAUUAUCCGUAAAGUAAUGAAGGGCUCCAAAGCCGAUAUCUCGAUCCCGAAAACGAGGCAAAGGCCAAGUGCUUUCCGCUGGGGUCUAUUGCCGAGAAAUUAAUGUCAUAUUAUUCUCUCCCCCUUCAGAGAAAUUAUGCGAAAAGUUGUAAGAAAAGGCAAGGAAAUGGAUCCUUUGGAAAGCAUUGAUGAAAAAUUAACUAAACUUACGUAAGUACAUAUUAUUAUCUUUAUUUCGUAAACUCACGGACAAGCUAAAAAGCUAAAAUUUAUACUGGAUAUUCUAUCAGUUCUAAGUUACUUUCACAGAGGUUCAGUAUUAUUAUUGUUAUUUUCCCACCCGUGCGACCGAGGUGAAAUUAUAAUCAGAUAUAUUACAUGUUGCUUCUUCGCAAGAACUCAGUUACAGAAAUGGAAAAAAACCUUUCUGGGACCGCAAGAGAAAAUUUAAAAUUUUCUGCAAUAGACAUUGGGACAGUAUAACUGUGUGACACUAACAAGUUGUCAAACUGAAUGUCAUGCUAUAUUUUAAAAAUAAUUCAGUGUACUGAGAAUCUUAAUUAUGAAUAAGAACUUUUUAGGAAUAUACCAUAAAACUAAUUUUAAAUACAGAUACCAAAAAGGGGUACCGUUAUAAGGUACCCCUUUUGAGUGAGAGUGAGUGAGAUAUCAUGUUCAACACGAGAAAUAAAUCUGGUAUUUCCAAGCACCCAUGUAUUUUUCUGUUUAUUAUAUAAAGGACAGUCUUUGAAAAGCGGUAAUUUUUACAGAAAAGCGGUAAUUGAAAAGGGAUAAUUUUCACAUGUGAGAUUAUCAUGAAUAAUCUCACAUGUGAGAUUAUCACUUUUAUCAGUGCUCGAAAUCUCUAUAAAGCACUAUACUUUAUAUAAUAAACUACAAUAAACACGCAAUACACUUAUAAUUGCGUUUCUGAGGUCAUACCUACAGUACAGGUAACCUUCUUAAUCCUAUUGGUUAGAAUUUUUCGUCUGAAUUUCUCCUUUUAUCUAAAUAGUUUUUUCUUUCUUGGGAAAAUACUUUCUGGGAACUCAGAAAUAUUUCUGGGACCAAUGGUCCAUUGGUCCUACGGUCCGAUAGUUUCUCCAGCCCUGUGACAGUCCUGUAAGUCCCAUACGUUAACUGCUGUGAAAUUACGGUUGCCAUUGAGUAAUUUUAAAAAGGCUGACGCUGUUGAAAAAUACUAAGAUAUACAUUUACAAGUUAAGCGGAUCAAAUUAUUAUGUCAUGUGAACAUUUUCAAUACUUCCAGACCCUACUUAACCUACCCUACCACAGAAGCCAUCAUAUACAAAAACUGUACUAUUAUAGAUAAAUCUAGACAUUGGACAUUUUUGUUAUAUAAGUAGUCUUUACAUAUACAUCGCCAAAUCACGGAACUAAAGCCUCUAAGGAACUUGUGAUCUUUAAUUAGAGCGUAAUUUGAUCCGCUUAACUUGUAAAUAUAUAAUCUCAGUAUUUUUCAAUAGCGUCAUUCCUGAUGAUGACUGAAACCUAGUCGAAACGUUGAUUAAAAUGUUAACGGAGUGUCUAUUGUUUUGUUCUUUUUAACUGCUGUACCAUCCCUGUUACACGAUCUCUUUAUUUUCCAUUUUAGAGCGAUCAUGGAGAAGUCCCCGGAAUGAAAAUGAACUGUAUAGGUAUUUCACAUUCUGUACUAAAUGCUCUGGAAAGUUUUAAGUUUUAGCUGGAAACUAAUUUAGGAAAUAGUGUUGUUCAUUUGUGUUCAACACAUCAUGAAACGCGAGAGGGCAAAAUAAGUAGGAUUAUCUAGCGAACAGCAUUUUAUGUCGAGAAGAAAAAUAGGACUUAUGGUAUAAUGGUAUGAUGCCAAUUUAUUUUCUCGGUUGAAUGAUCAGAAACAUUUGACUGACCAUGAACACUUCAAUGCAGCGAAAAAUUGUCUGAUAUAUCCACCAAGGCCAGGCUUUAGGAAUGACGUCAUCGUUGUAAAACACAUAAAACUCCCAGAGUGCAUACGUCUGCGUGCAACAGAUUAGGAGACCUGUGGCCGCAGCACGCCGCGAGAUCUUCAUCACUUUCCUGGUACGAGCUUGCUGGAACCUGUUGUUGUCGUCAGCUGUUGCUAUGGUGAUGGCGUGGCUGGUAUUAUUUUCCGUGCUCGAAUCGACGGUGUUAUUAUUUCUGCUCGUACUCUCGAUUUGAGUAAUAGUUCUCAGCGUCUGUUUGACCUGUUGCCGGAUACGUCGGGCAGCUAUGAUGAAACCACCGAACAGCAAAAUUCCCCAAAGCACGAAGAAUGAACGGCAGAUGAACAGCAGUAUAUGUGUACUCGGGAAGAACACAAAAAUCGUAUCGAAUGUAACGACGACGACAAAAUGCACGAGCAAAACAAAUGCCAGUACUUUACGCUUGUGGAUGACCGACGGUAGCAACUGCAGCUUGGUAACCUCUACCAACGACCAAUUCAUGAGAAAGAACCCGGAUGUCAGGCAAGGGUAACCCAAGGAGAACAACAGUAGCCCGUAUCCUGGCGUUAGCUGAAGAGGUCUACCCGUGGAAUACGGAUCGGCUAGCAACACUAUGGCUCGGCUUAGACCAAACAGACAAACCAACAAUGUGAUACAAAUGAAGUAAUUUCUAGAUUUUCUCAUUUGAGUUUGCCAUAGUUUGCCAAGAUUGUAGACCCCGUACAUGGCAACAGCAAAGAAGGUUAUCCCAAAGAUAUAACUGUGUACCGGUAACGCCCAUUUCCAAACCACGGCUCCUUCCUUCCAGUCCGGUAGGGGUUCUGGCAUGCCGGACGAACGACCCGAAUCCUUCAUGCGUGUGAACUUAUUUCACUGACGGUUGCUUUGAUCUUUGGUGGUGAACUGUUUAUUUAUUGUCUAUGAAUUAGAGAAAUAUUUGUGAAUAGAUUUUCUUUUAACUAUUUUGAUUGUAAACAACAUCUAGCAUAAGUUGCCGUUGUUUCCGUCUGAACUACCUGAAGAAAUCGAAGCCUUUUUUCCACCCCAACGUAUUUCUCUAUUUCCUGAGCACUAGCGUGGAACUAGUGAUCAUGAGUGUCAGAUGUAGGAACAAUUUAACCUAGAAUUUAACUGUGUAUUAAACCCACUUGCGCUAGACUAUAGCGGUAAUAUUAUGAUUUUGCUGUGCUUAAAUUUUGCAAUAAUUAUCACUAAAAUAUCUUGAAAAAAUAAAUAUUAUAACCGGAGAAUGUCUAUAGUUUUCAGUUAUGCAUAAUCUUGGUUUCGCAUCAAACAUAUUGAAAUCCUUCUAAACCUUUUUAUAUAAAGCAUACAAAGCAUAUAAAUCGAUAACGAACCGUAAAACUCAAAGUUGGAAACAAUUUAAACUUCGUGACCCUAUGACAUAAACUCUAUUUUCGGCCUGGUCGCGUAAUUUUGAAAACGGGUGUAAUAGGUGUCUUUUUUCCAGAACAUUAGAAUGUUCUUUCAAACAUUGUGUGGUCUGACUAUUUUUCUGUUCUGUGGUCAAAUUUCAUUUAUAAAAAAUCUUAAACCUUAACAGCUCUGAGUUAUAUUUCCUAUUGCCAAAAUUGACUUUCUCACGCCCAAUUGAUCAAAACGUUUCCCCCAGUGGCAAGUCUCAAGGCUAUACGCGGUCCAAAACCUACUCCGGCUGUUCACUUCGCUCGCAGCCGCAGGGCUAACUGCAAAUUAUUUUUGGUUACCUGCAAAAAAAGUAAAUAUACAUGCAUGCUAUAAUAACAUUGAUACAAAAGAAAUUUUCCAUGUCCUUUUACUUUGGAGAAUACUCUAUACCUACAUUAAACCUUCAGGUUUACAUGUGAUCGUUUUUUUCCGCAGGCAGUUCAGACUAAAACCACGGCAGUUUUUUAGAAUACCUACCUGGACUGCAUCCACGUUUGUAAUAUUAAUCUGGCCGCAGAUGUUGUAUAAGUACAUUUAUACAGUUGUAUAUAUAAAUGUGUUAAUUAGGUCUAUAUAUAUCUUAUCUGAUUUGAAAUCUACAUCACUUUAAUUGUGUCAGAACCUUAUGAAUCAUUUUCAAUAAGCUGUAAAUUGAAUUCUCGUCACUUCGGAUAAGCAGUUUUUGAAAAAAAAUAUUCGUGUAAUUUGCUUUCCAAUUAAUAUAUCCUCCUACCUGCAAACUAAUUACUAAUUUAUACAAAAGCGGCUAUAAGCUUCCCUGGACAGGAAAUAAUCUCUUAGAUACGAGUUGAAAAACGGAAAACGCGG